AUGGGAAUUGUGCAGGGGGACGAUAACUUGGACGCAAGACCAAGCAUCGUUCAAACUCCUCAACCACUUUCAGAAGAAUCAAAGGGAUACUUGAGAGACGGCAAUUUGUUGGUUGCGUCGAAUGUCGUGGCUGUGCAAACUGGUCAAAUAAAGGACCAGCACUCCACGACACUUUCAUUUGCAGCGGUAGCAUUCUUUGUAAGGCAGUGUUCUAUUGGACUGCAGGCAACACAGGCAAGUGUAACCCCUCGGCAGCUGGCAGAGGCCCCGGGAAUCUCCCCAGAAUUGACGACGUGCCAGGGAGAGGAUAUCCUCGGACUUGAUGAUGCAGAAUUUUCCUUGAUGAUCUUGGAUAUCAGGUGCCACGUUGCUGGGUCAGAUACUGACGUCAGUUUUGCGUUCAAGGUUGAAAAUUUCGUAGUGCGGGCUGAAGUUGAUGCGCAGAGCAGAGAAGCAGGACCUGUAAGUAUUACGCGUGUUAUUCGCACUCCAAGGUCGGUGGAGCAUUGGAUCCAGCUCAUCAUUCGCCAUGCGGAGGGCAAAGAGCGCGAGGCUAAUCCGAAGGUUGUCUACGAGUGGGCUCAGGACGUCCUGAAAUUUACUGAAGAGAAAAAAGCCAAGCUGUUGGUGGGCUCUCUCUUGUAUAAAUUGAAGUACAAAGUAAUUGAAGCUGCUCAUGAGGUCCAGAGCAACUGGGAUCGUGCGGAGACCAUGAUUUUGGACUCCGCACGGACCGGAAGAAAAGAAGUUUUUUCAGUGGCGGCCGAAAAGAGAAAUGCAAAAACUUUUCAUAUGGCCAUUGUACAAAUAAAAAUGCGCGAAGCUUCUUGGAAAGAGCAACGUCGUCUCAGAGGCCACCCGACAAAAGAUGCAACAGGGAGAACGUCGUGGAUUCAGAGGGGAGGAGGUCCGUAUGAUGUUUCUGAUUGGGUCGAAUUUUCAUUGAAGGGACCGCCGACACCUCCUCCACUUCCGACGCCCUCACUGCCGAUGCCUCCAUUUCCGGCGCCUUCACUUCCGACAUCUUACAUUCCACCUCCACCACCUUCACAACCUCUGCGACCUGCACAACCUACAAAUCCUGGUGACUUGCCAUAUCUUGAUGAAUUGAAGAGCAGAUUGAGCAGCGGUUCACUCGGCUCAGGUGGCGCUCAGGGCCAGACAGGUGGCGCUCAGGGCCAAACAGGUGGCGCUCAGGGCCAAACAGGUGGCGAUCAGGGCCAAACAGGUGGCGCUCAGGGCCAAACAGGUGGCGCUCAGGGCCAAACAGGUGGUGCUCAGGGCCAAACAGGUGGCGCUCAGGGCCAAACAGGUGGUGCUCAGGACCAAACGCGUCGACUAUCCCCUGCCGUUCAUCCGGGACCUUCUGGAGAUGCCCCCGCCGUUCAGCUGGAACCUUCAGGAGAAGGUGCUGCAGAAAGUGGCUCUCAGGGCCAGUCUCCUCCAUGA